AUGAAGCCUCGAAUCCACAACUUCUGGAGGCACUUGCCGACGCGGAAGAUUGCCAAAGUCGCCACCAUAAUUGUCGUCCUGCAAACCGUCUAUUUGCUGACCAUGCACAACGAACUCAUGGACCUCUUCUCGGGCGACGAGGACUUCCCCACAAUGCGGCCGAUAAAUCACACGUUCGAGGACAUGGACUCGGUCAAAUACAUUCAAGAUUUGGUGAAUGGUAAGACAUUUACAAAUUGUUGGAAACCGUAUUUUACAAAUUUUAGGAAAAGCCGAAGUGGCUCCGGUUGUGGAGCCGGAGAAAUACCCGGAGAUUUAUCUGGGCUGCUCCAUGGAGGAGACGCGAAAUGUGAGUCGCGGAUGGAUCACGAACGGUCGAUGGUUUUUGUACUCCGCCUAUGAGGAUCGGAGAGCCAACUCGCUGUAUCCGAAAUUAAAAACUGUCAUUCAGGCAAGUGAAAUGGGGAAAAACAACAAAAAAAGGGAGGUUGGGCUAUCAGUGUGUCGGGAAAGUAAUAUGGAUUUAUGAGUUUGUCGGGCAAAUAAUGUGGAUUUCUUAGUUUGUCGGGGAAGUAAUGUGGAUUUAUGAGUCUGUCGGGAAAAUAAUGCAGAGUUAUCAGUUUGUCGGGGAAAUAAUGUGGAUUUCUUAGUUUGUCGGAUUUAUGAGUCUGUUGGGAAAAUAAUGCAGACUUAUUUUCUUAGAUUGAAAAUGUCUUGCCUUAAAGACCAAAUCCCUAGUCGCGGCUAGACGUCGCAAAGUCAUGAUGCACGUCAAUCCAGCGCAUUUCCUGAACCGUUUCGAAACUUCGUAUCGUUUUCAUUGAUUUAAAUGAGAGACGAAAUGUCGCGAAAUUAUCGGCACUUUUUCUCGCCCGAAAUAAUUGUUUUUUCUCGAAAAGGAAGACGAAAGCACAGGGGAUUCGUUUUUACUUAUAAAAACUUUUAUUUACUUAUAGGUAAAAAUAUUUCCCAAAAAUUCACUUAUAAGUUAAAAAAAGGCGGAGCCUAUUUUCAUUUACUUAUAAGAAAUUUUAUUUACUUAUAAGAACUUUUAUAUACUUAUAAUUACCAAUAAGGACUCCGAAAAGAAAACAGUUGAGCGCCAAAGACGCUUUUGGCUUUUUGAACGCAUGGGCGAGACUUAGAAAUUCUAAGUUUUUCGUAGCAGUACUGGUCAAAGAGGGUAUUUAAACGUUGGAUGGAACAAGGUAAGGGGUUUCUAGUGAGUUUUUUUCUUUUACAGGACUGUAGAAAGUGGGUAGAUGAAAAAUCCGGAACAUAAGAAACUUCCCGAUUAGGAAACAUGUCAAAAUGGAAGAGCAGACAGCCUGGGAAGAUCUAGAAACAAGCAUGAUCAAUCAAGAAUUUGGAUGAAGAACUCUUUCCUCGAUUUUGGUAGGUUUUUUAAACUGCUUCCACAUAUCAGAAGGCCAGAAACUUUUCAAGACAUAGUUUUCUUAUGUUGUACUAGGUCCAGGUGAACCCACUAUUUCAGAUAAUCACAAAAUGUUCGUGGAGGAAGUAAAUGGGCAACGUGCACACAAUGUCUGGAAAAAAUGACUCUCGGAUGCCUCAGGUAUGUUGAUAAUAUUCACCUGGACCUAGUACAACAUGAAAAACUUGAUGUCUCGAAAUCUCAUUGCUAAAUUUCUGAACCUCAAACUAAUUUUUGGGAUGGAAAAGCACAAAAAAUGAGUUCAAUGAGAUCUCAUAAUAAACUAUCUCCGAAAAUUUUAUUUACUUUUUCUUUAUCUUUGACUAUUUUCAGUGCAUCUAGCUGCAGGAGUACCCAUAGAAAAUCCGCAUAGAAGCAAGUUAGCCCCGUCAGGACACAGAAGAUGCGCUAACCACAUGUGUAACCGGUAAUAUAUCAGAGUCAAGUUGUUUUUUACUUUGUUUGAAUAAAUUUUUAUUUAUCCUGCACUGUGCAAAAUUUGCUGUUACCUAUAAGUAUUUAUAAUUACCUAUAAGUGAAUUUCCCGGGCACCGAAAAUAAAAAUUACCUAUAAGUGAUUUGAAAAUCACUUAUAAGAACUUUUAUUUACUUAUAAAAACUUGAAGUUUUUAUAAGUAAAUAAAAGUUUUUAUAAGUGAUUUUGAGUUCCCUGUGAGAUAAGAAAAUUCUUUUUAUCGGAUAGUUACAUUUCGUUUUGGACGAAUCACCAAAAAGGGGCGGGAAAUUUUUUCUUCUAUUUUGGAUUGACGUGUGAUGGAAGAUUCAAAUCCGCAAAGACAUUAUUUUCCCGACAAUUUUUUUUUAGUUUUUUUCUGACCAAAAAAUCGAAGGAAAAGUUCAUUAUACAGUACGACACUCGGACUUGGAUAUUGUAAACAUUUGAAAUAACCACGCCAUUUGUCGGGAAAAUAAUGUGGAUUCGUCGUGACUUGGAAUCGCCCUUCAUCGCUUUGCGACUGCUAUCGCGAGUGGUGAUUUGGUGCGCACCACGCCUUGCUGCGACAAAUCCACAUUAUUUUCCCGGCAGAUUUUUUAAACUUUUGCUUUUUGUUGGAAAAAAUAAGCUAAAAAAUCGAGUUUAUAAAUAUAUACUGUUAUAUUAUGCCUCAAGUACGACACUUAGCCAUAGAUAAUACAUAUGACUUUGUCGGGAAAAUAAUGUGUAUUCGUCGCCGCUUGGAAUCACCUUUCAUCGCUUUGCGACGGCUAGUGGCGGCUGGUGAUUUGGUGCGCUGUAAAGUAUGAUGCGACUAAUCCACAUUACUUUCCCGACAAACUAAUACUAGGCGGGCCAAAAAGCAAAAAAAAAUAUCGCUGUGACCGCGUAAAAACAUAAAUUUUUUCAGCACGAAACUGGCAAAGAUACGGCCAAAAAAUGCUUUCCUUUCUCUGACCUCUCUCCGCCUUUCGCAUGCUCUCUCGGCCACAAACAUUGUUGAAUAUCUCGGCUCUCCCUGCAGAGAGCGAGCUAAAACUUUUAAUAUUUGAUGUGUGGCCUAUGCGAAAAGCUUGUGCCAAAUUUGAAGAAAAUACAAGCGUCGUACUUGUGGUACUUCCCUUAUAUCCUGUAAUAGAUAUAUUUGCCCAAAACUAUGUUAAAAUACGAUUAAAACCAAAUUUCUUCUAUCUACAUAUCAUGUACAAGGUGUAUUUCUAUUAUCUACAAGAUUUUUUUCAGGUGAUUGCGUCCACAUUCUACGUUGUGGACGACUCGGAGCGUUGGUAUUGCCAUAUCCGCAACUCGGACGGCGAAAUGCUCCGCGUUCGCGCGCAUUUCCGCCUCAUUUGGCAGAGGGCUUGGGAUGCGCGCCGGACGUUUUAUAAUCCCUACUUGAUUACGUGCGCCCUGCCCAACGAUUUCACGAUCUACAAGGGCGCUACGGUAAUGUUGAGGGGAAAAAAAUGUCCGAAUGGAAACGACACCUUCAUCGAUGUGAAUCUGGUGUCCAAAGCGCGGGAAAUGGAGCGACAUAAAAGAUAUAUGGCAGCGAAACCGGUGGAGAUCGGCGAGAAUGGGAGGAAAAUUGGGAAGAUUUUGGAAACAAUGGCGAGAAAUCGAUAUGAUAGAGGUAAAGGAGGAUAUAAUUAUAAGUAAAGUGCUCAAUGUACGACGCUCAGAUAUACUUUGAAUUUUGUCCACAUAACAGGCAUAGACCACAUAUCAAUGCCUGAAAGUUUUAGCUCGCACUUCGCAGGCACAGCCGAGAUAUUCAACGAUCUUUGUUGCCGAGAGAGCACGCGAAACGCGGAGAGCAGUCAGAGAAAGGAGCGCAUUUUUUGGCCGUGUCUUUGCCAUUCUUUGAGCGGAAAAAUUUGAUUUUUUUUGUGGAAGUAUUAUACGUCUACGGUAGGAAAUUCAAAGAUUUUUGGCUGUAGUGAGAGAGUAAGCAAAACGCGGAGAGCAGUUAGAGAAAGGAACGCAUUUUUUGGUCGUAUCUUUGCCAGUUUUGCGCGGAAAAAAUUGAUUUUUUGUGGAAACAUUACUCUCUACAAUAGAAAUAGGUAUCAUAACGACAUAAUUUAAAAAAAAAAUUUUUUUUUUAAUUUUUAUGAAUUUUUACAUGAAAAAAAUAUCUCACGAUCAGAUUUCCUCUAAAUUUUGCAUACUUUUUUGGCAUAGAUCACGUAUCAAUUCCUGAAAGUUUUAGCUCGCAGUUUGCAGGCACAGCCGAGAUAUUCAACGGCGUUUGCCGCCGAGAGAGUAUUCGAAACGCGGAGUGCGGCCAGAGAGAAGCCACUUCUUGGCCAUGUUCUUGGCCAUUUUUGAGCGGAAAAGAAUUGGUUUUUUGUGGAAAUAUGUAUUAUACGUAUACAGUAGGAAUUGCAAAGAUUUUUGACUGUAGUGAGAGAGCACUAGAAAAGCGGAGAGCGGUCAGAGAAAAGGCACUUUUUUGGCCGUCUCUUUGCCAGUUUCGCUUGGAAAAAAUUUAUUUUUUGUGGAAACAUUACCCUCUACAAUAGAAAUAGCUACGAAAAUUUUCAUACCAAAAUUCGCAAAAAAAUGUAAAAUUUUUUCAACUUUCGACCAAAAAAUCUCGGUCGUCUCUGCAUAGCGCGAGCUUAAAAUCUAAAAGACGUCCUAUGAAAGUCUAUUCUACAUUUCUAUAAAACAUCAUCGAGUUUUUUGAGUAAAAAUUUCAAAAUUUUGGGUCUCGACACGAAAACGAUAAUUUUUUAAAAUUCAAAGAUUCAUGUAAAAAAUCAAAAAUCUGUUCAUUUGGGUAAAAUUACAAUUGAUUUUGAGGCUUGGUAAUAUGUUUCAUCAAAAUUUUGAAAAAAAAAAAUUUUUUGAAUUUUUGCCACUUUUUGAUCUCAGAAUCUCAAAAAAAAAUAUCUAAAAUAAAAAUUUCAUCAACAUCUGAGAAUCACACUUCAACCACUUUUCCCUCCGAAUUCUUAUCUCAUUUUUCAGUCAAAUUAGAAGACAAACAAGCCGCUUUAAACGAGGACGAGGCCAAGAUUUCGAUCAAGCAGAUCGACAUCGCCCCAAGCCCUCUAAAAAUCGCGGUCUGCGUGAAAGGCAUGGACUUCUUCGAGGACAAAACCUACGAUCUCACCGAAUGGCUGCUUUUCCAGUUCAAAUUGGGGGCGGAUUCGGUUACGUUGUACGUCUACCAUCUGCCGGAAAGGACGCUGAGAAUGCUGAAUGAAGUCGCGAGAGAGUACGACUUGCGAUUGGUGAGCAGACUUGAUAUUUUUUGUGCCAGUUUGUGGUGCUUGGGGCAAGAUAAAAUAUUUUUUGCAAAAAUUUGUGAAAAACUUGAUUUUUUUGGCGAAAACUUAAUGUUUUGGCAUUCUGUUGCAAGUACGCAUUUUCGCGGGAAAUGCGAUAAUGACAAAUUUUAAUGCACCUUGACUGUUCUUAGAGAGAAAUAAAGCGAUAAAAAUCAGAUUUCAAAGUUUGUCGGGGAAAUAAUGAGCACUCUGUCGCAUCGAAAAUCGCACCGCCGCAGCGACGCGGUGGGAAAAAGCGGACGUUUUCGGGGAUAUUUGGAUGCACGGUGCAUAAACUAAAAGUGCAAGGUGCAAAUUUGUGUCGGCACAGUGCAUUUUGCCUGGAGACGAAAAGUCUGCGCACUUAAUGAAUAAGUAGCAUAAUGAUGAAUACAGUGACCGACCUGAUCCAGUGGCAAAAACGUACCAUUUUGCAUCUGGGAAGUAUCAAAAAACAUCGCAAAAUACCUCCCUCUCCAAACAAAGAAACCCCUUUGAAAUCGGAGUUUUUUUAAAAAAAUCCGAAUCUUGGCCAAUUUUCGACCUAAAGAUGUCGAUUUUUCCUGUUCAGCGCAACCUGAAAGUCUCGCAUUCCGAUCUGAGAAGUUAUUGAUCUACAGUGGCGGAUCUGAUCCAGUAGCAAAAAACGUACCAUUUUGCAUCCGGGAAGUGUCAAAAAAUGUGGCAAAAUGCCUCCCUCAUCAAUUAAAAAACUCCGUUUUGAAGGGCGCAAGAGUUUUUUUACUUGCAGAGGGAGGUAUUUUGCUACAUUUUUUGAUACUUCCCGGAUGCAAAAUGGUACUUUUUUGUCACUGGAUCAGGUAGCUCUAAUUACUUCAUUCCCCUUCCAGAUUCAUCUCGACCUGCCCGGGAACACCACCCUCUCCGACCACCAACAACACGACUACAUUUGGAACAACCAUUACCAGAAGCGGCGCAACGAACUGAUCCCCUACAACGACUGUUUCUACGCCUACAGCCACACACACGACUAUGUGCUCAUCGUCGACACGGACGAGAUUGUGGUGCCGGUGGAGGAGGAGAACUGGAACGACAUGAUUUCGAAGUUCAUUCGAGGAUUCAGACAGAAUGCUACGAGUUUGUCCGCACGGAAUGUUUUUAAAUUCCCGAGGAAAGGCGAUGGAGUCGGAAUGAGUGGCCGACGAACACGGGCCUCGAUCGCGCAAGACAAGGGCGUCACGGGGAAGAGUUUUAUCAGGUGGGCUUCAUUCCAAGAGAUGCACCAGGUGUAACGCUCAGAUUUUGUCUCAUUACCAGUCUGUCGGGAAAAUAAGGAGCACUCUGUCGCAGCGAAAAAAAUAAAUGAAUUGUGCGACUGCGGGACCAGAUUUUUGCUGCGACGAAUCCACAUUAUUUUCCGGACAGACUGAUAUGAGAGAUACGAUAUUAGUCUGUCGGGAAAAUAAUAAGCACUCUGUCGCAGCAAAAAUCGCAAUGGCCGCCGAGAAAAUGAAUUGUGUCGCGGCAAAAUCAAAUUGCUUUUCACUUCAGCGACGCGGCAACAUUGUGCUCAUUAUUUUCCCGACAGACUGCUAAAUCGUCCCAAAGGUCAUCGCCGCGCUGAUUUUUUGAGGUUUGCGCAGUGCAGAAAAAAGCAGGUGCGAGCGACGACCCAAAAACCCAUUGCACGGUGCAAAAAAAAGAGAUUGCACAGUGCAAGAUGAACCUUUGUUUUCGCACAGUGCGAUUUCUGUCGCAAUCUGAAAAAUUGAUGUCGCUGGAAAAAAUGGGAGUCGCGCGCGACGUAAAGCAGAAACAAAUGAAAAUGCACUGUGCAAAAAGUGUUUUCGGGUCAAGUGCACCGUGCAAAGCGACUUUUUUCGCGAUUUUCGCAGCGACGACCCAAAACUUGCACACCCGCGCGGUGCGAAAUUAUCAGGAUUUUUUGUAGCGAGUAGGCCAUCAAAUUUAGCCAUGGCUCUUGAAACAGUUACUGAAUUUUCUCGUCUUUCAGCACACAAACCGCAGCGACCGUCUUCAACCACUUUGCAUUACAUCGAUUGCACGGGAAUGUUGCCCGAACCGCCUACUUCCCCACCUCCGCGGCGUUGAAGCUGCAUUACAAGACGGAUUGCCCAACGGACUUCCGAGACGAGUGUGACCGACUGAAGAACUCGUCCAUUCCGGACCACAGCCUCGACCGAUGGAGCGAAGAAGUCGCGGAACAGGCAAAAGAAUUCAUCAAACGGGUUGAUUAG